CAAAUUUUUAACAUAAUUAAUUACCAAACUUAGAAAUGGGUUACAAUAAGAAGAUAAGUGGCUGUUACUGUGUGAGGAAGGACGUGCAAAUUUGUUUGAAAGUUGUGUUAAGUUAAGCAGAGGAUUGGAAAUUUAGCCUGAUAGAGAAUAGUUUUUUGAUGGGUUCAGUUUGUUGUGUAGCUGUGAAAGACAGAAAGGUUCCGCCUAGUGGUGGGACUGCGAGUGCAUCUGUUCAUCGGAAUUCAGCAUGUUCGCCACAAUGGAGUUUUCGACGUGACAAUAGGAGGCGAGUGGCUGAUGAGAUUGAGGGUUCACCUUAUUACAGUCCAUAUGUUGCAAGUAGAGGUAUUAGUAUGGAUAAGAUGUCAUUAGGCUCUGAAAGAGGAACUUUAUCUGAGGGAGGAACCCCUCCUGAUGGGCAUUUAGGGACUCCUGUUUCUCAGAAAUCAGCAACUCCAGAAAUGAGCACAAAUUCUAUGGUUCCACCUUCUUCAGGUUCAUCCUUGGCAAGCAGUGAUCUCAUUGAGGUGAAGAACUUAAUUGACUCACCUGGAAAUGUCCCGUCAGCUUUGCCGAAGCCUUUGUUCUCCACAUCUUCUCUUCCCAAUCCAGUCGGUGAUCUUUCAUCGGCUCACACGCGUUUGCUUCCUCCUAAAUCCACACCAUCAAGACGGGCUCGGCGUUCACCUGGGCAUCAGUUGUUUAGGCAGGUUUCUGAUAGUCAAAUUUUAGGACUGAAAUCCCCAAAUAAUAAUUACUCGAUCUCAGAAGGAAGGUCGUCCUUUGUGCUUUCAACCUGUAGCAAUGACUUCGCCACUGGAUCCCAGUACGCAUCUUCUGAAGGUGGCUGGUCUAUGAACACUUUUUCUGAGCUCGUGGCGUAUUCUCAAAGGGAGAGAUGGUCCUUUGAUAGCGAACACUUAGGUUCUGGCAGACGGAAACUAAGUGGUGGUAGCAGCAGAUUCUCCUUCUCCCCUUCCGUUGUUGAUCAGCAGAUUUGUGGAGCUUGCUCAAAGUUACUAACCGAGAGGUCUUCUAUUGCCAAUUUCGAGCUCCCAAUCGCUGCUGUUCUUGCGUGUGGCCAUGUUUACCACGCAGAGUGCUUAGAGACCAUGACUACCGAGAUAGAGAAGUACGAUCCUGCUUGUCCCAUAUGCACGAUUGGAGAGAAACGGGUAGCGAAAAUAACAAGGAAAGCCCUUAAAGCGGAGGCGGAAGCAAAGGCAAAGCAGUACAAAAGAUGUAAAAACCGUGUGGUAGAUAGUUAUGGUGAGAGUGAAUGCGAUGAGUUUGUGUUCCAGAAAAUGGAGAAACGAGAAGGCAAAGCUCUGAAGCUGGAAGCUAGUUGCAGUAGUAAGAGCUCGUCUAAUAAUAAGUCAUUCUUGAAAUGGCACUUUGCUUCUAUCAGCUCCAAGUGGAAUAAACCCUCGUCCAAAGACUCUGCAUUGAAGAAGGGGUUCUGGUCUAGACAUCGUAAUAACCGGUCUUCUUCAAGCAUAGAGGGACUUAAUCAGACAUCUCAGCUAUGAUGAAACCCCCCUGAUCUGGAUCAGAGCGCAUGUGGGUUAUUUAGGAAAGCUUUGUAUAAAACAGAUAUUAAGCUUCAGGUUCAGCUUUAGCCUUUAGAGCUGUGUUUAAACGUUUUUUUGGAUAUUUUGUGUGUUUCAGUGUAACCUGUGGGGAUAAUUUUUAGUAAUGAAACAAACUUCUCGUUUUAGAGAGAUUUGAGAAUUUCCAGCCAUUUACAUCAAGUUGUGUCGUUUUAUACAGCCAUCUCCAGUUUUCCAGAAGUUUCAGAAGAACAGAAAAUCUGUUCUAAUUCUUGUAACAGAUAAAGGGAAUUAGAUCAG